AUGCCCUCAACAGCGGCCCUCCGCCAACGCGCCGCUGAAUCUGCUCUCCAUGACCAAACCAAUCUCCUUGGGACGAGACAACUCUUCAUCGUCUUCUCUUCGCUAGCUUCGGCGCUGUUCAUCUGCUAUGCUGACCAAAAUGGCAUCGGUACCAUCCUUCCGACGGUCGGGCGCGAUUUCAAGGCCACAGACACCAUCUCAUGGGCAGGUACAUCCUCGCUCAUCUCCAACACUUCUAGCCAAAUCAUAUACGCUCGCUUCUCGGACAUCUAUGGGAGAAAGCCAAUCUUCCUUUUCUCGGUAGGCAUGCUUGUGUUAGCGGAUAUCCUGUGCGGAGUCGCCCCGGAUGCAUCGAGCUUCUACUUCUUCCGUGCCCUUGGGGGCAUUGCGGGUGCUGGUAUCAAUUCCCUGACCAUGAUGAUCAUCUCGGACAUCGUGACACUCGAACAGCGAGGAAGGUGGCAGGGGUUUCUGGGUGCUGGUAUAGGUGGUGGCAAUGCAGUAGGUCCACUGAUUUCUGCUGCAUUCGCGCUGCAUCAGACAUGGCGAGCGUUCUUCUGGUUCCUUGCUCCUUGUGGUGCCAUUGCGGGUGCUAUUGGAUGGUUCUAUCUCCCCUCAACAAUGCCCAAGGGAAACGCGAGACAACAAUUCAAGCUCAUUGACUGGGGAGGAAUCAUCACUGCGACCAUUGCCAUCGUGCUGACCCUGAUCCCGCUUUCCGGUGGUGGCUCAUACUUUGAGUGGUCAUCGCCGAUGGUCAUUUCCAUGUUCGUCAUCGGCGGCCUGUCUUUCGUCGCCUUCCUGAUCGUCGAGUGGAAGGUUGCCAGUCUUCCAAUGAUGCCCCUGAGCAUGUAUACCAAUGCACCUGUCGCGGCCCUCCUGGUUCAGAACUUCUUUUUCGGAAUGGUCUACUACUCGAAUCUAUACUACAUACCAUUGUAUAUCCAGAAUGUCCGAGGGUGGAAUACAACGAUCUCGGCGGCUUUCCUGGUCGCCAUCAACGUCCCACAGUCUUGUGUCAGCACGCUGUCCGGCAUCUUCAUCUCCCGAUACAAGCGCUACGGAGUCGUGAUCUGGACGGGGUUCAUCAUUUGGACGCUGGGGGCCGGACUGAUCUGCAUCUUCACGCGAACGACGCACCCUGCAGUCAUUGCUGUUAUACUCUCCAUCUCCGGUAUUGGUGCCGGCUGCAUCUUCCAACCAUGCCUGAUCGCCUUGCAAGCACACUGUUCCAAAGCUCAAAGAGCGGCUGUUGUCUCGAAUCGAAAUUUCCUUCGGAGUUCGGGGGGUGCCGUGGGACUCUCGAUCUCGGCACAAGUCUUGCAAAGCUCUCUUCGGAGAAAGCUUCCACCUCGACUCGCAAGCUACGCGCAUGACACCUUCGCCCUCCCGGCCUUGACCGGUGCUGAUGAGGAUGCAGUGAGGAAUGCGUACAUGAGUGCGAUCCGAACGGUGUUCAUUGUCUCGGCCCCAAUGAUCGGCCUCUGCCUCGCGCUUUGUGUAUUGAUCAAAGACCGGGGCCUACAGCGACCGGAAGAGAAAGAGCAGGCGACUAUUGCGAAAGCGGCAGCAACUGGUGACCAGAAGCAGGAGUUUCAAGAGAAGCAAAUUCCAGAGCAGAAACAGCCGUCGCUCAUUGAAGACGAAGCUGGGCAAGCCACUACAAUAGACGGAGAGGACCAGCCAGAAACCAGAAUAGACGUGUCAUCACAGUCACCGGCAGUUAAUGACAGACAGGGGAAGGAGAUAAAAGUGCAAUGA